AUGUCUACGGGCUACGCGAAACAAACCAGAGGUGCGGCGACCAGGGAGAACUUCCGCAAUGCAGCACGGCGCGAGUUCCGCAAGAACCAAGCUGUUGACAAAAAGGACUUUGGCGCUGUCGAGGCACUGAUCAGGAUGGGGUUUCGGAAACUCGAGCUGUACUCGUCGCCUGGGGUCAAAGACAUUCACUGA